CUUUACACAGCGUUCACCAGCAAAUACCAUUUCGCAGGACGGAUGGAGCAGCUAUGUCAAUAAAACGACUGACUGAUCUUUCAAGACGGUGGAAAACAAAUGUGAGUGUAGCAAACGCGAAAGUAUCGAUGUGCGUUAUAAGAAAAACAUUUAGCGGAAUAAGUAAAUUGCUGAGUGAAAUUAAGAAAAUAUAUAGAUAUAUUUCACCCUUUAGUUUAUAUGAGCGCAAGCGCAGUAGACAGCUAUACCCUUCGACGCGUCAGUCGAUCUUGCGCCACCGAGGUGUACACUUCGAUGUGAAACAAUGCGGCAUGUGCACGUGCAUAUCUUGGAUAUUACUCUUGUCAGUCAUCUUCUUUCAUUCAUCUACUUGUUGUUUAAAUGAGUAUAUAUAAAAAACGAAUUCCUACAAAAGCUGUGAUAUCUAAUAACGCUAACUUAAAAGAAAUACAUAGAAAAGAUUAUUUUUUAUUAUCUAUAUCGUUUUUGUAUAUUUAUCAUAAUAAAAAAAAUCGAAGCAGAAAAAUAAUGUAUACUAAUAUGUAUAAAACAUAUUAAUACAAUAGUUGUAAUACCAGACAAUACCACCAAGAGGAAAAUAUAGAAAAGUGUAUUUAAUUAUAAAGUUGAUUAUAAAUUAUAAAUUAUAAGAAGGCUGCCAUCCUCUCACGAUCAACACUGCAGACAGAUGCUCAUAAAGACUACCACGACAAUGUUGAAAUGAAGUUUACUACUUUCCAAAUUUAUAUUGUAAUAUUUCAAUUUACAGAACAUGUAGAACAAAAAUAAGAACACUUUUAUUUAUAAAGUGAACCUUUGUGAUUAUCAAUUGAGCUGUAGACGGAUUUUAUUCAGGACUUGACCAUGAAGCUGACUGUUUUCACGAUAAAUAUCUCAGACGGUGUUUAUGACUUCUAACACGAAACAAAUCAAUUGACGUGCCAUCACGCGAUUGAUAAUUUUCGAAAGGUAUACCGUUUGCCUUACGAUCAGAAUAAAUAGACAGUAUAAAUAGACAAGCGACAAAAAGAAAGACACACAGUUACGGAUCUAGACAGAAAUAGAGAGGAAGGACUACAGAUAGAUAAAUAAAGAGACAGAAAUACGAAAGCACAUAGCGAAACAAUAACGGACGAAUUAUCCGUGAUCUCCCGACGCGUGUAUAUUGAGUAGAAUUAUAUCAAAAGAGAUUGUAAUAAUUCUUGUCAGUUUCGACAUACGUCCUAUUCAGUGAGCUAUCUUGUGUGUCAAA